CCGUCGUGUUCACGUCUAUCGCAAGAGCUCCGCUUAUGUGUGCGUUUUUGGAACUGUAAAUGUCUGUCGUGCGUAGUAUCGUCGUAUAUAGUUGUACUUAAAUAAAUAUAUAUAUAUAUAUGAUAUAAGCUGUGCGUGUUCACGAACCACAUGUGAGUGUGCCAAUGAAACUUAUCGUUCAUUAAUUUCGUGUCAAAUUCGAGUAGAUUUCGGUGCAGUACUCGCGGUGACUUCGGUGCUGCGUUUGUUUUUCUCGAUCUCGUGUUGCAUUUAACCCGCACGGACUCACUCACUACCGGUAGCGGUGCUGCGUGUGAUAGCGCACAGCCGUGUAGAAACCACGGAGGUCGGCAGUAGCGUACAUGCAAUCAGCCAGCUUCCCUCGUCGUGACUGACUGUAUCUAUCGCAUUGCUCACACACGAACGAGAGAGCGUUUCUGCACAGAGGGGAAGAACGAGCGAGCGAGCAGCAAUCGCAGCGUUGUACUGCUUCUAUUCUACGUGAUCGCUCGUGGUCGACACACACACACACACACGUCAUAUAACGAACAGUGGACGGCGACGAGCGACGAGCGACGAGCGAGCUGUCGUCUGUCUGACGGCUGACUGGUCAGUGUGCUGGUGGUGCGCACGACUCUCCCUCCCUCCCGAUCGCCGCGCCACGCAUUUGUUCACCGGCGGCCGUAGCGGACAGACGUGUACAGCGAGGCAUGCGAGAUCUGAUGACCGCUUCCCAGCCGACGACGUGAGCGGCGACGUUGUUUCGACGAAGCGAACAGCGUGUGCCUGCCAUUCAUUAUCGCAGAGCAACCGGCAGACGACGGACGUACAUGUACAGAGAGUGCUCGGUGGUACAGUGUGUGCGCCUCCAUCCACCGCCUAGUCAGCGCUGCGUGUAGAGAACACCGGGCCGUGCGUGAGUGUGUGUUCGGUCGGUGCAGGCGAGUACAGACUACAUGAACAGGCCAGACAGAAUGCUGGGUGGCACGAAGGCCAACAGGUUUCAGAGGUCUCCUUUAGUGGAUAGGUCGAAAGUACGAGGUUCGCCCAUCACGCGGGGUUCACCGAACAUCAGGAGGACGGCAUCCUUAGACACUAUCUACUUGACGGGCCAGUGGCCGAAGGAUAGCCUAUCGUGUACGGGCAAGCCUACCUUUGACAAGGCGACACAGACUCCCAACGAGUGGAUAGACGAUGAGACUGAGCGCAAGAAGAAGGAGGGUUCACACAAGCGGUCUUCCUCGGUGGGCAGCAGUGGGGGACAACACAUCAAGGAUGUAUCCAGUGCAAGUCACAGUCAUAUCCGACAGAAACUGCGUAGCUCAAAGGAAUCAAAAACCUCUACGGGUAGCCAGCGGCAGAGCCCCCUACACGGCAACCACGCAGCGAUCGGGCCGGCGGCACACGCCUCACACAGCGUCUCACGGGCCAUCCCAAUUCCAGGAACCCACAUUCCAAAGGGGCUCCCGAGGAUUCGCAUCCCGAACAGCGUGGAAGGACUCAAUCAAGAGAUCGAGAAAUUAGUAUUAAAGCAUCGGGAGAGCAUCGGCCAGCAAGACGAGGACAGGGUACAAGAGCCGACCCCAGACGGUCACCGUGCACCUGUCGCACAACUCAUCACCAGCAUGACGCAAACACCCUCAGGAACAGAUGGAGCCACCGGCAGUGGCCCUGGAAGCAGAUGCCAGUCCGUUAGUCCACUACCGUUCACACUGGAAACGUCAGAGCCCAGCAGCCGGUCAGAGUCGGCCACAAAAGAUUUCGAUAGGGACAGCGUCUCACCCGAUCUCACGAUGACCGGUAAGCGGUUUGAGUCCAGCCCAAAGCCGGACCUGUUCAUCCGCGAGCCUCCGGACGGCUGCGAGAAGAUCAAGACCGUCCCCGAGGAAGCAAGGCGGGCGUCGAUGACAGAGCCGCUGCAGUACAGCCCCAUCAAGCCCAACGGCAUCGAGCUGCGCGCCAGCAGCAGCAGCGCCUUCUGCCCACUCACAAAGAACUACUAUCAGGUGCUGGACGAUCACACUACUACCAACCACCAGCGGCGCUGCCUGCAGGCCGGCGUCGAGAGCCAGUGACGGGAGACGACGCCGGGGCAUCGAUGGAUCAUCACGAUCGGGCGCUCGAGCGCCGUCGCCGCGUUCGACGGGGAAAACGCCAAUAACUAGGUUUUAUCGUACGUGUGCGCGUGCGCCUGCAACAGGCCAG